AUUGGGAACACAUUUCUUCGCGUGACGGUGUAGCGCUCGAGUGAACGCAAGCCGGCUAUUUGGUUUCUGAACCCGCAUCACAUCACGUAUUGCUCCAGGCGUGCACCGCAGUUUUAGCGUUUGCAAAUUUGCACAUUCAAUAUGAUCAAACGAAAAGCACCAACAGAUAAUCCUAAUUCUGGAAUUACAGAUUUUUUGACAGAACUUGCCGAUUAUGAGAAAAAUGUCAACAGAUCAUUUCAUAAAUCAAAUGCAUAUCGGAAAGCAGCAAGUGCCAUAUCGAAAUGUAACGAAUCAAUAAAAAAGGGAUCAGAUGCUCGGAAACUGGAAGGCGUGGGUGCAAAAAUCGCUGAAAAAAUUGAUGAAUUCCUUACCACUGGAAAACUUCGCAAGAUUGAGAAAAUCAGAUCAGAUGAAACAUCUCAAGCAAUAUCCCUUCUCACAAGAGUAUCAGGAAUUGGUCCUGCCGCUGCGAGGAAAUUGGUUGAUGAAGGUCUGACAACGCUUGAACUUUUACGAGAAAAUAUAAAUAAACUAACACAUCAUCAACAAAUUGGACUCAAGUACUUUGAAGAUUUCGAAAAAAGAAUUCCAAGAGCGGAGAUGGAAGUACUUGAAAAAGUAGUCAAUGAAAGAAUACAAGAAUUGGAUAAAGAAUACAGAAGUCAAGUAUGUGGAAGUUACAGACGUGGGGCAUCAUCUAGUGGUGAUAUUGACGUGUUACUUACUCAUUCCUCGUUUUCUUCAACCGAUAAGCAGAAAAGGGGUGAUUUGCUGGAAAAAGUUGUAACGGAUCUUCAGAGCAUAAACUUUGUCACGGAUAUACUUUCAAUGGGACAGACAAAAUUUAUGGGGGUUUGCUGCUGGGAGGACUUCAAGUCACUUGAUGAAUCUGGGGAUUCCCAUUCAACAUUUCGAAGAAUUGAUAUAAGGUUGGUACCUCAAGAUCAGUUUCCCUGUGCAAUGUUGUAUUUCACCGGGAGCGAUUUAUUCAACAAAAGGAUGCGAACGUUAGCGUUAGAAAAAGGAUUCACAAUAAAUGAGUAUUCAAUACGUCCUCAAGGUUCAACUGGUAUACCUGGUGAACCUCUUCCUGUCUCAUGUGAAGAAGAUAUAUUUGAUUACAUCGAUAUGCCUUAUGUUGAACCAAGCAAACGAAGUGAAUAAAUAAGAUGAUUCAUUCAGAUUUGUCAAUUAUCUUAUGUCUUCUGCUUGAAGAUGAAAUAUUCUGAGAUGCUAUCCACUGGGCGAGUAGUCAUGCAUCCUGAUUCCAUGAUUACCUCUUCAGAGCAUUUAAUUUCUGGUUUUAAAUGUUCUUGAAUGAUUUGAUCUUUGACUUUUUAUGCAUAUAUAGUUAACGAUGAAAAAAUCGCUUUGUUCAACUACAGUAUGCAAUGUAUUCAUACCUUUUUUAUUAUUUUUUGUGUUGCAUCAUUGUAUUCUACGAUACUUGUGUUGAGAAUAAAAUGUGCAUCAUACCUUUAACAUGAUGGAAAUAA